CAGUAUGUCCACAGUGCUGUAUGUAAUUAAAUUACCUCUCAUUGUCACCUCAGGUUCGAACCACUGCUUUUUCUCGUGCCCCCCUGCCUACACAGGCUGAGUCCUGACCUAGUGGGUAUUUCGAGAGCGACGCCCGCUCUAAAAUGUACCAACUCACUCGGGUCUGUAAGCCAAGCAGGGCUAGGCUCGUUCACUUAGGUAUUGGAAUACGACCACCUCUUCCCAGACAUCUUCCGAGUCGGCUACUGUCAACAAAUGCAUUGGAACCACCAAAACCUUCAAGUUCAAGGCCACAGAUACCAACUGAGCCUCUUCCGAGGUCGCGUUUGCUUAGUCGUAUUCUACUGGUAGCAAAAUAUACCGGACUUGCGGCCCUCUCUUCGACAUUUGGGAUUCUGUUACUGGGCGCAGGGAUAUUCAUUCAUGACGCUUUUACUUAUACGAACAAGGAUGUCCACCGCGUACCGGUCUUACCUCUCGCACUUCAUCCCGAGCAGGGGGGGCCAAAGAACCUCCCAAUUGUAAGAGCACUCGUGGAUGACGUAGAGGAUGAUGAAGCAAAGAAACUUUUGGAUAAACCGAAGUUGGUGAUUGUAGGAGGAGGCUGGGGGGCUAUUUCAGUCUUGCAAACACUAUCUCCUGGUGACUGGCACGUGACCGUCGUGUCGCCAGAAACCUUCACUACAUUUACCCCGCUUUUACCUUCGGCUGCGGUCGGUACAGUCCAAGUUCGUACUUUGGUUGAGCCCCUACGCAAGAUCGUAGCGCGUCUUCGCGGGCACUUCGUAGACGCCAAGGCUGUUGACCUUGUGAUGUCUGAGCGGUUACUGGAACUUGAAACGCUGACCUCGACUGGUAAUCCCAAAAAUGUUUAUCUUCCCUAUGAUAAACUAAUCAUUGCAUGCGGGUCAACUUCCAGUACACACGGCAUCCAGGGUCUAAAACACUGUUUCCAACUCAAGACCAUAUCGGAUGCGCAAGCCAUCCGACGACGAAUCCUAGACAAUUUCGAAACGGCCAGUCUUCCUAUCACAACCCCUGAAGAACGCAAGCGUUUGUUGUCAUUCGUUGUUUGCGGAGGUGGCCCCACGGGCGUUGAGACAGCAGCUGAAAUAUACGAUUUCUGUCAAGAAGACAUCGUAAACUACUACCCCAAGAUAUGCCGCGAAGAAGUCUCGAUUCAUGUAAUCCAGUCGCGCGAGCACAUUCUCAAUACGUAUUCGGAAGCCAUCUCAAAGUAUGCUGAGGAAAAGUUCCGUCGUGAUAGCGUCGACCUAGUAACUUCUGCUAGGGUCAGUGCCGUCCACCCUGAUCACGUCGUGUACACUGUGCGGGCUCCGGAUGGGACAAUCACUACUCAUGAGAUCCCGACAAAUUUUGUCCUGUGGUCUACUGGCAUUGCGAUGAAUCCCUUUACUCGUCGUGUCUCUGCCUUAUUACCCAAUCAAGUACACAAGAAAGCGAUUGAAGUCGAUGCCCAUCUUCGUGUAAAAGGUGCACCGUUGGGCGAUGUGUAUGCAAUUGGAGAUUGUGCAACUAUUGAGACGUCCGUCGUGAGCCACUUGCUGGAGUUGGUCGAUGAGGCCGACAAGAACAAAGAUGGCAAGAUCGACUUUGAAGAAUUUGAUUUUAUGGUUGCAAGGAUCAAACACCGGAUUCCGAUGGCUGAGUCGCAGUUGCAGAAGGUCCGAACUUUGUUCGAUUUGUACGACUCAGAUGCAGACAACAGUCUUUCUUUAAAUGAACUGUGUAAACUGUUGGAAGAAAUUGGAAAUAAUAUAACAGCACUUCCUGCCACUGCUCAAGUGGCUUCUCAGCAAGGAAAAUAUCUUGGCAAGAAGCUAAAUCAGUUAGCGAAGAAACGAGAAGUCCUCGAGGCGAACGGCAUACAUGACCUGGACGAGGCUGUAUCCAAGACAUUUCGCUAUACUCAUCUCGGCAGUCUCGCGUAUAUUGGCAAUGCCGCAGUCUUCGAUUUGGGCAAUCUGUCAUUCAUGGGCGGCCUCGCUGCCAUGUAUGCGUGGCGGAGCAUUUACUGGAGCGAGCAGGUUUCGGCCAGGACACGAUUUCUUCUAAUGAUGGAUUGGAUCAUUCGUGGCGUAUGGGGUCGGGACUUGUCCAGGCUUUGAUCAGACAGACUCUAUUGCAUUAUCAUCGAUAUAUCAUCCUUCAUCCUAUUCAUUCAUUCUCAUUACUCAAUUCUUCUCUCCACAAUGUGUACUGUGUACGCAUCAUUUCGUUGGACUCUUAUGUAAAACAAACCAUCAGAGUAUGGUAGUCUUGUCCAUUUUUGCCAAUCACCAUGACCUUAGAAUGACUGUCUUGCCGACAAGCGAUC